UUGUGGCUUUCACGAGGCAACUACCUACGUCGCGCGCUCUUCCUCCUCGCGUGUGCAUUCUCGUUUCGUCUCUUAUUUUCCGUUUAAUCUUUAGCUCGCCUCUCGUACGCGUUGUCUCGUGAAUAAACGGACACUGUCGAAGUAGUUCGUCAACGUUUCAUGCCUGUAAUAUCCCAAGUGCGGUUUACACGAUUCAACGAGUUUCACGCGACGAACUGUCAAAAAAUCUGGUUUGUUGAGAGAAGUCGUACGAUAUCAUCGACGCUCUGUGCCUAUUCUCAUCCGGUCGUGAAUACCGUGGCGGAAAGAGGUGCUGUCACGUGCGUUUGUAUCCGUGAAAUCGGCACCGAUUUACGAUGAACCAUGGACCAUGAGUCGUGUUAGAAGACUUUAACGUUGUUUACAGCAUAACGUAUCUCGUGUUUACGGCUACUCAGUACGUACAACCGGUUAAGCACGUGGUGGACACGAUGCUCCUAAAAUUGGCAGUGUUGCUGUUCGUUCUCGUGCGGCCAGGUGCAAGUUACUUCAACCUUUUUCUCAGCCAGGCAGAAGUGCGGAAACUAAUGGGUCUUCAGGCAGAAUUGUUUUACGUAAGAGAAGGCGUUAUAAACGAGUAUGCCAUUAAAUUCGUCGUGCCAGUGCCAGCGCAAGUUCACAAGCUGCAUUUCACUUGGGAAAAUCUCGCCGGUAGGCCGUUGCCGUAUACAAUGUCGGUAGACAUCAGCAAUCCAUCAGCCUUGAGUAGUUCCCUGAAUAUAUCACAGGCUGGUGAAAUUCCAGUCGGUGGACUGCAGACUUGGGCUUUGGCAUUGCAUUGUGGUCCCUAUGACGCGGAGGUCGACUUGAGUCUUCGGAUAAAUGUUUCCCUGUCGAGAAGAAACACGACCAGUUUGGACUUUAAACGAAAGAAAAUCUGUCUGAAGGAUAAAAGUAACAUAGGAGCGGAAGAAGUUCUUGUCGCAGCUUCCGGAUCCUCUUCUGGCGGACAGGUGUUUUAUGCUGCUAUCGGUUGUGCUUGCGCAUUCAUCGCAGCGAUUUUUGUUCUCGUUAUCGCUUAUUAUGUGCGUGACAAGAAGACUAGGAGGCAUCGAGAUCCUCUUCAAGAAUCAAGGGGUCUCAGUUCUGCGUGUAGUGUGGAAAGAGGCACUGGAGUCGGACCUGCACAGACCUUUUUAUCACCUGAGACACCUCCACCUGCUUCUGCAACAUCUACUUCUACUUACAGAAGAUUAGACGAUCGACCUAGUCGAGAAUUGCACGAAAGGAUUCAAGAAAUUACAGUUCAAAGAUGCAGGGUACGCCUCCUCAGCAUCGAAAUGGAAGGCACAUUCGGUCGCGUGUAUAGAGGCAGUUAUCACGAAGAGGGUGCGUCCUCCCCGAGGGAUGUCCUAGUGAAAACUGCUGCUGAACAUGCAUCACAAUCACAAGUUGCUCUUCUAUUACGGGAGGGUUUAGCGUUAUACGGUUUGAGUCAUCCAGCGCUGCUCCCUGUUUUGGGUGUCUCCAUCGAAGACAGAAGCGCGCCUUUUCUCUUGUAUCCGCACACUGGUUACAAGAACAUGAAGAGGUUCUUGCUGAGGUGCAAGUUGAGCAGCGAAGGGCCACCGAGAGCACUCACCACGCAAGAAGUCGUGGAAAUGGCCCUUCAAGCUGCCAAAGGGGUCCAGUAUCUUCAUAGAAAGAGACUGGUGCACAGAGACUUGGCCGCAAGGAAUUGUGUGGUUGACGAUGAUCUGAGGGUUCAAAUCACGGACAACGCUUUAGCCAGAGACCUGUUCCCGCAGGAUUAUCAUUGCCUCGGCGACAACGAGAAUCGCCCGAUAAAGUGGCUUGCCAUUGAAAGUUUGCUUAAUAAAGCGUUCAGCACAGCUUCUGACGUUUGGGCAUUCGGAGUCUUAUUAUGGGAACUUACGACGUUAGCACAGCAGCCGUACGUGGAAGUCGACGCGUUUGAAAUGGCUUCUUACCUCAGAGAUGGGUAUAGAUUAGCACAACCAAUAAAUUGUCCCGAUGAGCUGUUCGCAGUUAUGGCUUAUUGUUGGGCAAUGUCCGCGGACGAAAGACCGACGUUUAGCCAACUGAUAGUCUGUCUUCAAGAUUUCCACACUCAAUUGACCAGAUACGUCUAAUCGUCGUACGAUCGAAAUCGAAAUGCAGUUCGUGCAAAAUAUAUAGAUCUUGUGUCCGAAAGAUUCCUGAAACUUACAAACGUGACUGAAAAAAGAAGAUCGUUGAUAGAACAUGUAUAUAAUAGUAGUACUUAAACGAUAAUUUUAAGAUUUUCAAAAAGUCAAACAAAUAUUCGUGGCUAUAGGCACGUAGUUCAUAUGUAUUUUGUAAGAAAGGGAAUCGAAUCGAGUGUUUCAAAAGUUAUAAACACUUGGAUCGUAAAACUCGUUUUCGUAGAGUCUAUUGUGUAAUGUAUUGUGAAAAGAGUAUUAAAUAGACGCAGGCACGUAAUCUUUAUAAUAGCAUUCAGUAACAAGUCACCGUAGAAAUUUGAUGUAUGUAACGUAUAAUUUAUUUCCAUGUUAAGACUGAAUCGAAUAUUUACCUGGCAGUAUAUCGCUUAUUCGGCGAAGUACCAUCACGCAAAUCAAACGUAUCAAAGAACUGCCAAAUCUUGCAUCAGCGUAAACUGCCAAUUCCUUACUCAGGAAGACGCGUAAUCGAGCAAAAACGUGUUGGACAUUUUUAAACGAUGUGAUACGCUUCGCUUGCCACAUGAUGAGUGUUUCGAGUGUGCCAAUACCCAUUUUGUAUUUUUGUAUAUAUUUACAUAUAUGUAUAUGUGUAAGCGUUAGCUAUAAAUAAAGAACCGUAACACGGUUCUAUCUUGGCGAAAACUGUGUACAUAGUAAGCGAAAAGAGAUUGCGCGAAAGACGUUAUGUACAAAUCGCAGAUGUUGCAGUCAUAAUAAAGCGAUAUAAUACACA